CUACGCAAAGAAAAACCCUCAACUGUAAUCCCUUUCUACUGUAGCGGUACAUGGUGGGUUCGGUUAAGAAGGGUAGCAGAAAAAUUAUAUAAAUAUACACACUUAAAGAGUGUUAUACUCCUCAUUUAUUCAUACAAAAAUGGACAAUUCAGGCAAGGAGAAAGAGGCAAUCCAGUUAAUGGCUGAAGCUGACAAGAAAGUGAAGUCCUCCGGCUCUUUUUUAGGAGGAAUGUUCGGAGGGAAUCACAAAUUAGAGGAGGCUUGUGAGAUGUACGCCAGAGCAGCCAACAUGUUCAAGAUGGCAAAAAACUGGACCGCUGCAGGAAACGCGUUCUGCCAGGCAGCCAGACUACACAUGCAGCUCCAGAACAAACACGAUUCAGCCACUAGCUUUGUUGAUGCCGGAAAUGCUUUCAAGAAGGCUGAUCCACAGGAGGCUAUCAACUGCUUAAAUGCAGCCAUCGAUAUUUACACAGAUAUGGGGCGAUUCACUAUUGCAGCCAAACACCAUAUCACAAUUGCUGAGGUGUACGAGUCAGAGCUGGUGGACAUUGAGAAGGCAAUUGCCCAUUAUGAACAAGCUGCAGACUAUUACAAAGGCGAGGAGUCGAACAGCUCUGCAAACAAGUGUCUCCUGAAGGUUGCUUCAUACAGUGCACAGCUGGAACAGUAUCAGAAGGCCAUCGAGAUCUAUGAACAGGUUGGAACAAACACCAUGGACAACCCCUUACUGAAAUACAGCGCCAAAGAGUAUUUCUUCAAAGCUUCAUUAUGUCACUUCAUCGUAGAUGAGCUGAAUGCGAAGCUUGCUGUUGAGAAGUACGAGGAAAUGUUCCCAGCGUUCUCAGAUUCAAGAGAGUGCAAACUUCUGAAGAAACUCCUGGAAGCCCAUGAGGAGCAGAAUGCAGAGGCUUUCACAGAAGCGGUGAAAGAGUUUGAUUCCAUUUCACGUCUGGACCAGUGGCUGACCACCAUGCUUCUGCGCAUCAAGAAAACCAUCCAGGGUGAUGAAGGGGACUUGAAGUGAAAUGGUGAAGGUGUGAGGAAUCCAUCUGAGGCAUGCCACCCCUGCCCCAAUGCGUUUCAUUUCAUUUUUGUGCAAUGGCCAAGACCAGGUUUCUGACUACAGUAUGUUCAAUUUAUUGCUGCACCAUUUAUAGAGAAUGUACAAACCUAUGUAUAACCUAUAAGUUAUAAAUCUUAUUUUUAAUAUAUUCACCCGUCUGGAUGGCUGCAUCUAAGGAAUCAUGUUUUCAUAACACUAUGGGUAUGUAGUUGAGUAUAGGAAACAUCGUGGAUAAAAGACGGAUGUGAGAACUCGAUCUCUGCUGGAGUUUGGAUGGCGAGUGCUGCAUGACACGUAGAUGCAAUUCUCUUGAAUAUAAAUAGAAGACUUAUUCUUCUUUUGGGAGUUGAUUUGUCUGUCUUUAUUGUCAUUUAGUGAGACUUGGAUUGGAUUGGAUAAUAUUAGUAAUCCCCACAAAUUGGAGCAGGUUUUUUUUUUUGGACCAUCAACCUUCAUUCAUUUAAUAAUUUCCUUCAGGUUUAUAUACAUCCUUGCUUAUCAUCAUCAUGUUUUAUUUUUCUUGAUCUGUCAUCUCUUUUUGCAGUAAGUGGGUGGGGUAUUAUACUUAACCCAUAAACAUUUUUGCUUUUUGUUUGUUAGCGUAUUCAAACUAUGAAAAGUUUGAUAUCCCUGUAGCCUGUCAGUGCCGCUCUGUGUGUCGUGUUGUGCACCCAUAGUUCAUGCAGCACUCCAGCUAGUGCACUCUCCAUACUAAAAAGGUAUUUAGCAGCGCAUGUCACUGUGUAUUAGUGUUGUUGAUGUUCAGUAUCUCAUUGUGUGUACACUUUUCAAACAAGCCAUCAGCGGAAGCGGCCUACAUGCUUAUCAAAGUUCUUUGGGACAGAGCUGUUGGUGGCUUCACUUGCUGAAUGGCUCUCUGAAUGUACAGAAAUAAAAGAUCGAUAUUAUACACAAA